UUGUAAUCUUUAAAAAUGGGUGUCUUUUUUACUAAUUUAAAAAAUCAAAUUAUGACGACGAAUCUUUGGGUCGAACAGUCUUGGUAUGACUACAAACUACGAUGGGAACCAAAGGAAUAUGGUGGUGUCCACAUGCUACACGUUCCUUCUGAUCAUAUUUGGAGACCAGAUAUAGUUCUUUACAACAAUGCUGAUGGUAACUUCGAAGUGACUCUUGCAACAAAAGCCACAAUUUACUCUGAAGGAUUAGUUGAAUGGAAGCCUCCAGCAAUAUACAAAUCAUCCUGUGAAAUAGAUGUAGAAUAUUUCCCAUUUGACGAACAAACCUGUGUUCUUAAAUUUGGCAGUUGGACUUAUGAUGGGUUUAAGGUUGACCUCAGACACAUGGAUGAACAACAAGGCAGUAACGUAGUUGAUGUUGGUGUGGAUCUAUCGGAAUUUUACAUGUCUGUCGAGUGGGAUAUAUUAGAAGUACCAGCAGUAAGAAAUGAAAAGUUUUAUACUUGUUGUGAUGAACCCUAUCUCGAUAUUACUUUUAAUAUUACAAUGAGAAGAAAAACUCUUUUUUAUACUGUUAACAUAAUUAUACCCUGCAUGGGUAUAUCCUUUUUGACAGUUUUGACUUUUUAUUUGCCAUCCGACAGUGGAGAAAAGGUCACAUUAUCUAUCUCUAUUCUGAUCAGUCUGCAUGUGUUCUUCCUAUUGGUAGUGGAAAUAAUACCUCCUACUUCACUAGUGGUUCCUUUAUUAGGAAAGUAUCUUAUAUUUGCGAUGAUACUUGUGUCUAUAAGUAUUUGCGUAACAGUCGUCGUAUUGAACGUUCAUUUUCGUUCCCCUCAAACACAUAGAAUGGCACCUUGGGUAAAACACGUGUUCAUCGACCUUUUACCACCGUUUUUAUUCAUUAAAAGACCAACAUAUAACUUUGAAACGGGUAAAAUGCUGUUGAAGGAUACACACGCGUGUUUUUAUCCCUAUUAUUCUGCGACGAACAUUGAUCGACUUGUGUUGUCGGGAUACAGUCAGUCAAAGGAACAAUUAUCCCACAGUCUAACUGCUAAUGGACCAUUUGGUGGAAGCUGUCAAGUGCAUGGGUCUCUUCCGCCACUAACUCAUUGUAACUCCGAUGAAAUAGGAGCCCCCGACAUUGAUAUAAUGUCUUCUGGAAUGAAAAGUCCGAUAUUGACCAAUCCAGCAUUUUCCCAUUCGAAGUGCCCGCCCAAAAUUCAUAAAAGUUGUUUUUGUGUGCGUUUUAUAGCCGAACACACUAAAAUGCAAGAGGAUUCAACAAAAGUUAAGGAGGAUUGGAAGUACGUGGCAAUGGUUUUGGAUAGACUUUUUCUGUGGAUAUUUACAUUGGCUGUUCUCGCUGGAACAGCAGGAAUUAUUUUGCAAGCGCCUACAUUGUAUGAUGACCGCAUUCCAAUUAUUGAACAGAAAGCGUUGGAUUUUUCAGGAACGACCGCUGGGCGCUGCAGGCCCCCACAAUAGCAUGAUUAUUUCCGAAUUCUGAAACAACAUUUUUUAUUAUAAUAAGUUUUAUUUAUUUUUAAGCUUAUUAAAUAGUUUUCAAAUGAAUACUUUAUAUUUUAUAUAUUUAAUGGUAAAUAUACUUUAAGUAAUUACAUAUUAUUGAUACAUAUGCAUGCAUAACUGGAAAUACAGUUUAAUAGUUAAAUACUUUUUUUAUGUAGAUUAUUUAUAAACAUUACUUUUUGAGCACGUAAAGGGAAACAGAAAAUUAAAUUUUUUCAGAAAUCAGAAAAUUAAUAAAAAGUGCAAAUAUAUUUAUAUGUAUGUAUACACAUAUGCGUAUGUAUACUUUUUGAUACAGAAGUUUAACCCCUAUUUCGUUGCACAAAAUUCCGUGACCCAUCUGUCUACCAGGACAUCCUGUUUUUUUAAGAAUUUUGCUUAUUCAGUUUACUAGCUGUUGACUUUCUAAUUUGAUCCGCUAUUUCUAGUUUAAUUUAUUACGCCAAAACGUCUUUUUGUACCUAUGCAUUGUUCAGUUGGUCCAGGUGCUUCAAUUGCAUUGAAGAAAUAACCUCUGAUCCUAAUGAGUAUAUAUAAUCUUUAUCAGGUCCAUGUGAAAGGAUUGUUUCUAAACUGUUUCAGAACUUCCGUGUGUAUGUCUAUAUAUUUGUAAACAAUCAGAUACAACUUGUUACAAGAUUUAAUAGGAGAUAUAUAAUACAUACAUAUAUGAAAUGUAAAAUGUAGAGCUUUUAUUAAAGACACGUGUUUAUUAUCAAACUAAAAGGACAGUGUAUAGUAAAUUAAAAAUUCUAUUAUAGUAGGGGAACUCAAGAGCCGAUUUCGCAGUUACUAAUACGCGGCAGAUUAAUAGCUUAUACAGUUUAUACAGCGCAGAAACCUAUUUAACUUAAAAACAAAAUUAUUUAAUACAAAUUCGCAAUUCAUAAUUAAAGAUUAUCAUUGCGUUUCUUCAACAAUAUUUUUAAUAUUAUUUUUCGAAGUGUAUGCAUGGCCCAAUGUGAAACGACAGCUAACUUCUGAUUUUUACUCUCAGGAAUUUUUAUUAAAAAAUAUUUUCCCGACUGAUUUUUACUCUACCGAGUGGUAUUUUUUUUUCACUCAUCACUCACCCAACACUAGUCCGCACAGUGUGCUAUGGGUGACGACACUGUUUGAUUCGUACAGUAGUUUGGUUUGAAGUGAUUUACCAUUCACACAAUCUGAGUUGGGUAGUACGUGAAGUGAUUUGAAUUGUUGGACUAGUGAUGUGAUUUGAUUUGAUUCGUUUUUCGUCAAGGGUGUUUGUAUCAUAACACAAUCAUACUCGUUGCAGUUCUCUGAUUCAAAUGCACAACGUUGUAUAUGAAUGGAGUGGACUAUAAAUGCAGAACCGACUAACAAAGAAUGAGCGAGUGCGGGUGU